AUGCGUCUUCGACGUUCACCCCAGGUCUUGUACCCUCCGCAAUCACAGCUACCAAUGCCGUUACCGUUACCACUAGGUGCUGUCCCAGCACCAUUGCCACGUCAAUUACUGUCCCCCAUACAGCCAAGACAAACACCGCCUCAGUUGAAUCCGUAUAUGUCCAUCAGUCUGGCCUAUCCGACCUAUUUGUACUAUGGCAGAGGUUCGGAAUUGGGUCGUCAGACAACAACAUACACUUCGACUUAUCCCGGCUACUAUAAUCCAACGCCCAACUAUUACUUGACGAAUACCUUAUCCCAUGCCUAUGCCAAUGCCAAUGCCGAUAGCGAGACCCCUUCCAGCUCCUGUGUAUUAUCCGCCAGCAUUACCCAUGCCAAUGGCAAUGCCCAUGCUUCCAACCCAAUAUACUAUAAUGCCGCCGAUGUCAGUUGUCAUUCUGCCUAUUGGCGUGGUAUUUCACUAGAAAGACUUAGACGAUCACUUCGCGGUUUUGACAAACGGCGACAGGCUGGGCAGAUGGGUAACGGAAUGGGCGGAGGUAAUGGUGGAAAUGGUAUGGGUGGAAACGGAAUGGGUGGAAAUGGUAAGGGUGGUAGAGGCGACAAUGGGAUGGGCAUGGGUAGAAAUGGUAAUGGAAUGGGUGGUAAUGGAAUGAGUAGUAAUGGAAUGGGUGGUAAUGGAAUGGGUGGAAAUGGAAUGGGUGGCAAUGGAAUGAGUGGUAGAGGUGGCAACGGAAAUGGUGGAAUGGGUCCUGGGGGAAUGGGUCCAGGUGGAAUGGGUCUAGGUGGAAUGGGUCCAGGUGGAAUGGGUGCUGGUGGAAUGGGUCCAAGGGGAAAUGGAAUGUGUGGAAACUUUAACGAUGGAACGGGAAUGAAUGGUAAUGGAAUAAAUAGAAAUGGAAUGAACGGCAAUGGCAGAAAUAGAUAUGGAAUGAAUGGAAAUGGAAUGAAUUCAAAUGAUAUGAAUGGCAACAUGAACACGUCCAAUCGCAAGAAGCGAAGUGUGAAUGGAUUUGACAGACGUCGACAAGCUGGACAGCAAGGCAAUGGAAUGGGCGGUGGCAAUAGAAUGGGUGGCAAUGGAAUGGGUGGAAAUGGAAUGGGUGGCAAUGGAAUGGGUGGCAAUGGAAUGGGUGGAAAUGGAAUGGGUGGAAAUGGAAUGGGUGGCAAUGGAAUGCGUGGAAGAGGUGGCAAUGGUGGGAUGGGAGGGAAUGGAAUCGGUUAUGCUGGAAUGUGUGGGAACGGAAUGGGCAUGGGACUAGGUGGUAUGAGAAUAGGUCCUAACGGUCCGAAUGGGCCUAACGGAAACGGUGGUAUGGGAAUGGGUCGAAAUGGAAUGGGUGGGAAUGGAAUGGGACAAAUGGGUGGACGAGGAGGAAUGGGUCAAAUGGGUGGCAACCCUGGACAAUGGAACAACAACAAUAACGCUGCCGUUCAAUAUUCAGCCCAGACUACUGGAUUUGCAAAUGGUAGACAGGCAAUGCAAAAAUCGUCCUAUUCGAUCAACGGGCGUCCCUACACUAUGCAAGCAGACUGGAAACAGGGACAAGGACUUAACAUUUCGUCAGAUUACGGAUCCGCUGCCUACAUGACUCAGACGUCUCUUAACCAAGACUCAGAUGGUGCCUUUGUGGAUGCAAGUGUCACUGUAAGCAGUAUAAGCACUGAGAGUAGCUCGCGCAGACCAAGAAAACGCUCAAACGAAACGGAAUCAGACAGUUUUUUCAAUUUUUAA